UCGGUGGCUUGAAAAGUGUUGAAAAAUCAUAAUUUUUCGAGAUGUACCGUUAAUAAUUAUUUCAUACAUUGAGUUUAAAUUGAUAUUUAAAGAGAUAGACGUAAAUUAUAGAUUUUAUCGUUUUCUUUUUGCCGAGAAAUUACUAUGUGAAAUAUUAUUUAAAUACGUCCUUUUUUAUCGUCGUCCACCGCUGAAAUGGCAUGAAAUUUGAAAAUAUCGCUUCUACGUAAGAACAUUACGCAGAAAGAACUUUUCGUUAUCGUUUGCGAGCCCAUCAUGACAACAUUGAAAUGUCGUUCUCUGUCUCAGCUACGAUAUAACCUCAAAGUGAUAAUCGACAACAAUCUAAAAUGAGGGAAAGUGUCUACUACGUAGAAGAGUUUUAAUAACGUUGAAAAUGUGAUUAUAAGGACCACCGGUUAAUUGUAUUAAACAUUUCUUAACGUACGAAAAAUGUACCAUAAAAGAUGCCAUCGACGAAAGACAAGUGGGUCAGACGUUUCGUUAUACCCGAAACUACGCGACACAGAAAAGGUUUUACCAUUUACAAAGUCACAUCCGUGAUAUAUUUAAAGGCAUCCAGAGAGGAAGUAUCGAAGGUAUCCGUUUGGAAGCGUUACAAUGACUUUAAAAAACUCCAUUCGGCGUUAUAUGCCUUGCAUGCGCACUUUCAAAUCAAAGAUCCCUUUCCACCAUUCACAAAAUCCAAAUUUUUCGGUAGAUUCGAGGUCGAGGUCGUUCAAGAGAGAAAGAACAGCGCGUUGAAGUUCUUAGAUUUCAUUGGGAAACAUCGGUGCUUAUAUACUAGUGACAUUUUCAUUAAAUUUUUUGAAAACAGUAGUCUUAACGACAGCGAUACGAUAAACGGUCGUUCGCAGUCCGUCGGUUCUGAUACUUCGGAGGACGAUCAUAAUAUUGCCGGGCUAAACGACGCCGUCUUAACGAACAACAUUGAAAUAAUAGAAAGCGCCCGUCUUUCGUUGGGUAAUAUCAUUGAUCUUACCGAUGAAGAAUCAAGAUCUUUCGACGACGUAGAAGAAAGCCCAUUUGAAAUAGCGGGCCCGUUGAAGGAGGAGGAGGAGGAGGAGGAGGAAUGUCGUUGCGUUACCGCCAAGGGGGGCAGCAAUAACGGUUUCGUUAUAAGCAGCGCGUCGUCAGAUGGCUUGAAACUGGAUGAUCGGUAUAAUAAGCAUGAGAAUAAUAAAAGGUACGAGUUGAAAAAGACUAAAAUGUUAAAAAUAAAAAAUCCCAAGGCCAUACAAGAUUGUACGGAUCUUGCACAUACGUGCAAGGACAUUACUCAUUAUAUAGUAGUCGCUGCCGCGUAUAUAAGCGCGGCGUUCAAGCACGAAGCCAUUGCGGAAUAUGAAGAGGCAUUUGCCCAAUACAAAAUGGGAAUAUCAACGUUGUUGUUAGGCGUUGAAACCGAUCCGGACGAUGCGAGGAAAAUAAUAAUUAAAGAGAAGGUAUCGAAAUAUUUGGAUAGGGCGGAGAAAUUGUACAAUAGAUAUUUAAAUUGGAAUAUUUCGCUUCUUAAUAAGCCGACGACGGAUCUUAAAAAUUACAAAGUAUUGAAUAUAAUAGAUUCCUUAAUGCUCGUUAAAGAUUUACAUACGAAUAACGUUAGAAUAGUGAAGAGUAUCGAAAAGCCCUUAUCCAAUAAGGAAAAUCCAAUGAGCGAUUAUAUAUUGCGCGGGGAAAUACCAUUUAUGGUACGUUUGCACGGUUAUAUCGAAACGGAAGCAACGGUAUUUCUUAUAUUGGAAUACGUUAAACGCGGUAGAUUGUGGGAUUUUAUAAUUAAAAAUUACAAAUCGCAGGACGACAAGUUAAAAAGCGAUGAUGAUUAUCAUUCGGAAAGAAUUCGGCUUGGCAUUACGGAUGAAUGCCAAAAUACUUUCGAAGGAAUAUAUAAUGACGAGAAUGAAAGGAAAUUAAUAACGGAACGUUUUCGUUGUCCAUACGACGACGUUGAAGAAUCGACCAGGAUGAAUCUCGUUACGUCGAAGGAAGACAAUGCGCAUUGCCAGAUAUAUUAUAACGUAGACGAAAUCUGUGGCAGUGACGUGCCUACGACGCAAUUGUUAGAAAAAGCCCAAAAAUUGUUACAAUCCGUUAAUGCCACAUUAAGGAGAAGUAAUUUCGUCGUUAAUCGAUCAAACGAAUCAAAAGAAGAAUUCAUUUGUUCGGGGAGAAACGUUAGCCGUGCAUUAAAAAUGUCCAACGUUUCUCAAUUUAAAGAAUCAUCAUCGAGCGUGGAUAAUAAUUUGAAGAGAUCUUUAACCGAUAGUUUGGAUUAUAGUUUUGCCAACGCGCAGGAUAAUAAUACGUCGAGUAGUAAUAGUUCGGAUGCAUCGACGAGUAACUCGAUAAUAACAGAUGAUAUCAAACAGGAGGAAUGUUAUUCAACGUAUGAGAAUAAUAUCGGAUCAUUGCGAAUAAAUGAUGGUAUCGAUGGUACCAUAAACGAUGGUACGAAAUGUUUCAUCAGUAAAAAUAAUUCUCUGGACGAAGGAGCACUUUGGGAAAUUCCUGAAGAAGUCGUUUGUCGUUGGGCAGCAGAAAUUCUUUUAGCGCUCGAAGCAUUGCACCAACAAGGAGUUAUAAUAUUCGAUUUGAAGCCGGAAAAGAUAUUAUUGGACGAGCAUGGUCGUGCAACGUUAACAUAUAUUGUACCAUACCGUAACGGCGAAUUAACAAAAAUAAGAGAACAAGAAUAUUCUUCUCCGGAGUUGUAUAUGUUUUCACCUACGACUUGUACUUCACCAGCUACAGACAUUUGGAAUUAUGGAAUCAUUUUGUACGAGUUACUUACAGGCAUUAAGUUUAGAUCUUUACACGGCGAACCAUUUCGUUCUCAUUCCGUCGUAAGCGUACCUAAUAAAUUGUCGGAUAAUGCCAGAUCUUUACUCUUAAACAUUCUUAAGUAUGACCCGGAAGAACGAUUAACGAUAUCGGACAUCAAGAAACAUUACUUUUUUGAAAAGAUCGAUUGGUCGAGCAUGGUAUAUUCUACGAUAUAAUAAAAUAAAAGAUCGCGAUAUGAUUUCAAAAGAUCGCGAUUUAAUGAAUUUAUUAAAGUCUAACGUCCGCUUUAAAGACGGAGGGGAUACAACAGUAGUGGUAGAAAGAGAAUUAUUAAAAAGCAAGAAAAUGUAAAAAUAUGCGCGCGCGCUCUUUAAUAUUAUUAUUACUUUGAUCUAGAUUUCUCUGUUCUAGUAACCGUUGACAUCCCAUCAAUGAAUCUGGUUGUAAAUAAUACAUUAGCAUUAUUGAACAUACCAUCUUUUAAUGACACAACAAUAAACUGUGAAUGUUUAAAGUG